UUCUUUCCCCAAAUCUGAGAGCUGUCCUGGGAGAGCUGUUGUUUCACACACAUGGUGGUUUUGCUCAGCUCUGCUCCCUUGCAAACUCCGCUCUGGGUUAGCAGGAGGCUGCACAGGCACCGAGGCCCCUGCAGACACCGGUGCUGGCGUUGGUUCGUCUGUCACCUGGACCAGAUUUGGCCACUGUGGGAGCCUGCGGCUCGUGUUCCUUGUCAGAGCAAGGAGCUGAGGCAAAAACAAGUGAGGAUGAGUCAUUGUGUCCAAAAUACUCCUCUAAAAGAGAAAAGCAGAUGCGGGAGCUCACACCGGAGCCCCAGGAGGGUGUGCGGCACGUUUUGGCUUUGGCAGCAAGGCCAGAGAAAUCCCACCCUGUGGGUGAAGUGGGAGCAUGGAAGAAAGUAGCAAAAAGGUGCUUUUUAGACUUAAACAUCUCCCUUUUUCAGGGAAUGUUGAACUGGGCAGAGCCGCAGCAUGAGGUGUAACCCAGCGCCAGCAAGAGGGGAGAAAGAAACAGAGCUUGUCUGAGCUGGGCUCUCCCGCGCCCAGUCUUUCAAAUAAGCUAAAUAUAACAAUUAUGUGUACGUGCGUGUCAUUAUGGGGAAGCUUCUGCAGGAUCACAUUGAUAUAAAUAGUUCCUCUGAGCAUCUCUAGAGGUACCAGCGUAUUUGCUUCUGGGUUUUUCAGUCAUCCAAAAAGAAAUCAAGAGCUUGAGGCUCAGGAGCUGCAGUUCCUUGCAGUUAGCGCUGCCCGGAGCCGCAUGCUCCACAAGGGCUCGGUUAGUUUAGUGCAGCAGGAGGGAGAGGUGCAGAUUUAUCGCCGCAUUUGCAGCCUGCCAGCUCGGCCCGGCUCCCGGCUGCAGCAUGGGCAGCCCGUCCUGGGCUGCUGGAGCCGCCCGACCCAGCACCGGCUGCGGCACCUGCUCCGCACCAGGGAGCCGCAGGGCCCUCAGCCGCGGUACCGCUGCAGCCGGGCUUCCCCUGCGCCCGCUUGAAGCCGGAGUGUCCACAAUACGGCAUGAGAGGUAUCUCCAAGGUCCCUUGUUCCCGCUUUCUCCUCCCAGCCGGGAUCACUUGGCUGCUGCCCCGGCUCUGCAGCUGCCGGAGCUGCCCAAGGAGCAGAACCUGGGACGAGAGGGGACGGUGCAGGGUCUGCGUGUCUGGGGGCAGCAGGUCUGCUGUGACAGGCGGCUGAGGGACCUGGGGGUUCAGCUGGAGAACAGGAGCUGAGGGGAGACCUUCUGAUCUCUGAACUGCCUGAAAGGAGCUUGGAGCCAGGGGGGUCGGGCUCUGCUCCCCAGGAACAAGCGCCAGGAGCAGAGGAAACGGCCUCAAGUUGCGCCAGGGGAGGUUGAGGUUGGAUGUGGGAACAAUUUCUUCCCCAGAGGGCUGUGGGGCAUUGGAACAGGCUGCCCAGGGCAGUGCUGGAGUCACCAUCCCUGGAGGGCUGGACAGACGGACAUGAGGUUCUCAGGACAUGGGUUAAUGGCAGGGGUGGGUUAUGGUUGGACUCUAUGAUCUUGAGGGUCUCUGCCAACCAAAAUGUUCUGUGGUUCUAUCCUGGCUGUGCCGCUAACCCGAGAUGUGAAUGGGAGCUGCGCACCCAGCGUUUAUUUUGGGAAGUGUUCCUUGCCGUACCCAUCCCUGCAAUGGGACGAUCCAGCAUUAGCAGCUCCUGUCACUCUUGGCAACCCCUGGCGUGUGACUUUAUGCAGCUGCUGUGACCAGCCGUGGCUGCAGUCACACUCCCAGGGCAGACUGACGCUGUGAUCCCCGCAGGCUUCGCACCGUGCCGUCUGUGCUGCCAUCCCUGGGGCUCCCCAGCCGGGAGCUGAUUUUAGCACCCCAGUGUCCUGGUGCUGACCGCUCUGUGCUGGUCUGUCCCUCCCCGUGGGCUCCUCCUGCACAGGAGCAGCAUGUUCACAGCGUCUUCCUCCUGAUGGCCCAAGUCUUCCUAGCACAGGUGGCCAUCCCUGGUCGCUAAAGCUCUUGCUCACGUAUUUGUGGCCGUCACAAAACUCAUCCCUGCAAGAGAGUCCAACUGUUCAGCACUGCUGCUGAGACGGGCACCCCAGCCCUGCAUGGCACAGCCAGUGCCAAAACGACCGUGUCUCUUCAUACCCAGCCUGUGGCUUCUUGCCCCCCCUUGACAAAAUACCAGGUAGAAAACCAGCACAAUGCCAGCCUGACCGGUCCUUGCAGCUCCCGCUGUCCCCAAAGCAGCUCGAGUUCUGGCGUCCCUGCGGGAAGUGUGUCCAUCAGGCACCUCGCUUGAGGCUCGGGAGCUGUCUGAUAAUUGCCAGCCAGAUUUAUUCCUGGCCAGUUUGUGCUUAUUUGUUCCUUUGCCAGCGCUGUUGUUGAAAUCCUGCUCCCCGCCCCGAGCCCUGUGCGACGGGCUCGUUUCCCUGCUCUGCUCUUGUUCUGCUGGCCAGGCUGUCCCCGGCUGUGCCACCAGCCGUCCUUGGCACCGGCUCCCCUUGCAGUUCAUCCUCUGUGGCUGUGCCAGGCCAGAUGAGAUCGUGCCAGGGCUGGUACUUAAUGAUUCCCACACAAUCCGUCUCCCGCUGCGCCCUGUGCUGGGGCCGCCCUUUUCCACAGCCUUAUCCUGCACCGGCCUCACCAGCACACCAGCUCAUCAUCAUUUCCCAUCGUUUAUGACAAGGGCCACAUGCAAUGAUCCCGCCCUUUAAUGGAUUCAGCUUCACCCUCUUUCUGUUGCUCCUGUAAGGUCAUAACCACUUUUCCCUGGCUUGCCAAGGCCCGGUGUGAGGAUUUGCUUCCUUCUCUCCAGCAGUGAAUGUGAAAAGGUCAUUGAAACUCAGUUUUAGCAGGACACAGAAUGAAUGUGGGAGCUGGCGGGUGCUCUGGGAGGAGCCCUGUGCUGCGGGGCCGUCAAACCCCCGGGCUGUGACAACCCGGCACGGAACGGGGCAGGCAGAGCUGCAGGGAGGGCAGCGAGCAUGCAGGUGCCAGAUGUCUGAUGGGUUUGCUGCCUGAAAGCCCCUGCAGCCCAGGGUCCUGCCUCUCUGAGAGAUGUGCUGCUUACCUGUCCCUCUGGGAUGCCCCCGAGCUCACAAAUGAGUGAUGCUGGGGAAAUCCCGCAGUAGGAUGGGCUUAGGGAGCCUUGCUGUAUCCUAGCAACAGUCUCAAUCAUGGCAUAGUGUAAUUAAUCCAGUGUUGGCUCAGUCUGCUGCUUCAAGAUACCAGGGCAAGUGGUUGAGUCUUUUUAACUUGUGUGUUUGCCUCCAAAACGAGCCUUCAGCACCUCAGAUGUGUCACACGUGCUCCAGGCCCUGGGGCAGCUCACGUGCUGGGAUGGAGCCACCGCGGGGCCCUCGGCCAGCUCAGCCCCACCACCUCCUCCCUGCUGCCGCCGGACCAGGGCCGGCUGCCUUCCUCUGAGGCUGUCUGAAGGGAAGCUGGCAGGAGAAGAGUCGCUUUUAAGAUGACACGAACAGACCCACCUGACAUCCUGGUGUCUACGGUGUACCAAGACAUAAAGGUGGCCACUGCAGCCCCCGGGGAUUCCAUUGUCUGCCAGCCCCUGGCACAAUGUGAUGCCUCCAUGUCCUCGUCCCUGCCCCGUGAGCCGCAGCCCUUCAACAAGCGCCAUUGCAGGAGCUUCGACUUCCUCGAGUCACUGGACGAGCCGCUGGGCACCCCCCCGGCCAUGGAGCGCCCGGGCCCGCACCCCGGCACCCCAGAGCUCACGCCGGGGCCGCCGGGCAGGCGGGCCCUGCCGAAGCCGGACCCUUACGCCAGCAGAGCCCCCCAGCCAAGGAGCGAGCCGAAGAGACGCGCCCGCUCCAAGAGCGCGCCGCGGGUGAAGUCCACCUUCACGCCAGUGCCCAUUGCCGUCUCGGCAUCGCCGCCACCAGUGCGGCGUGGGCGGGAGGUGCUGCGGGUGGCGCGGGAGCCCCCACGCCCUGAGCCCUCCCCGCGCCGCGAGAGCCAGGUCCCGCUGCGGGCGCUGGCGAACGAAGUGCAUCCCAUCAAGCUGCAGCCACAGCGCAGCAGCGUCAGCCGCAUCUCCCCGGUCUGCCUGGGCAGCAACUGCUUCGAGGAGGGGCCGGGCGCCAAGGUGGGCGCCAGCCCCCAUGUCAAGUGCCGGAUGGACAUCAAGCCGGAUGAGGCGGUGCUGAUGCAUGCAGCGCGCAGCCUGCGGGCUGCCCAGAGCCGGCAGGAACCGCCGCGCUGGCCCCGCGCACCCGGGGCUGCCCGCAGCCUGGCAGUGCCGGGGAGCAGGCAGGCAUCUGCAUCCCGCACACCCACCCCCAGCGACUCCUACAGCGGGGACCCCCCACUCCUGCCCUACCCUGGCGAGUACUACGAGGCAGACCCCCGGGCGCUGGCAUACCAAACAGUGCCGGUGCCGGCCUCGCGGGAGUUCAGGGAGUACCCCGAGAGGGGCUGCAUGACCUUCUCGGCCCCCGGCAUCCCCACCAAGUUCUUCUAUGCGGAGGAGUCGGCGCGGUGCCCCAGCCCCGCCAUGCCCCUCCGCAGCUCCGGCUACGCCAGCUAUCCCUACCCCACCCGCCACAGCAUCCCCCAGCACUUUUACACCGAGGACCCAGCCAAAGCUGCCGUCCACACAAUGCCACCCCGGACGUUGUAUGUGGAGGAGGCGCGGGGCUACCCGGUGCAGGAGGCGCCCACCCGUGCCUUCUAUGGGGACGAGCCCCGGUUUUACGCCCCUCGCGGCACCCCUCUCAAAACCCUCUACGCUGAGGACACCAGGACGUACCCGGCCCUCGGCUCCUCUGCCCGGGUCUUCUACGCCGAGGACUACGGGAAGUACCGGGAGCGGGAGGUGCUGUCGCGAACGUGCCCCCCGCCCCGCAGCGCCCAGCCCUUGCACUUUGGCGACUGGUACUGCCCCGAGCGGGCUGCACUGCCCUACCAGACCUUGCAGGUUUCGCGCUUCGCCCCGCAGCCAGCCGGGCGCGAGGCCAUGCUCUCCUCCUGGCAUGGCGGCUACGCCGUAACCCCCCCGCGGCUGGGCCGGGAGAGCCAGCACUAUUCCAAAUCCUGGGACAACAUCCUGGCGCCGGCGGUGCGCAGGGAUGAGGUCCUGCAGCGCGGGCGCAGCUAUGAGAACCUGCUCGCCCAGGAGCAGCACCGUGCCUUAUCCCCCGAGGAGCGCCGGCAGCCCGUGGUGAUCAAUCUGUCGAGCUCACCCAAGCGCUACGCCGCCCUGUCCCUCUCGGAGAGCUCCAUCCUCGAGAGGAUGCAUGCUGAUGGUGGCCGUGGCCUCCCGGGCCGCUCCUGGUACGUCACACCCGAGAUCACCAUCACUGACAACGACAUCCGUGCAGACGGGCUGGGCAGGAGCGAGAGGCGCUCGGCCAGCUGGGACGUGCUGGACGGGGGACGGGAGCCCGGUCCCUAUGCUGUGCCCUGUGCCCCACAGCCUGUCCCCAGGGAGAGCGGCUCUGGGCGCCAGCGCAGCCUGGAGCAGCUGGAUGAGCUCAUCACUGACCUCGUCAUCGACUACAAGCCGGCACCAGGCCACCGCGCCGGGGACAGGGACAGCCUCGCCGAGCAGCUCAAGCAGCUCCUGAGCAGCAACACCCCAGGGCCCUCCCGACGGGGUGAAAGCAGGAGGGUCCCCCCCGGCGUGCCCGAGGGACCCCGACCCAUGAAGGAGCAGCCGGGUCCCAGCUCCCGCUCCAGUGCCCCGCGCCCCCCGCCUGCCCCAGUGUCCGUCGGCCCCUUUGAGAAGUCACCAGAGAACUGCUCGCCUGACCUGAGCGCAGAGGAGGACGACAUGAUGAUGUGCUCCAACGCCAAGUGCCGGCGGACAGAGACCAUGUUUAACGCCUGCCUCUACUUCAAGUCAUGCCACAGCUGCUACACAUACUACUGCUCCCGGCACUGCCGCCGCGAGGACUGGGACACGCACAAGGAGAGCUGCGUCUACGGGCGGGUGGGCAGCGUCUGCCGCCACGUCCUGCAGUUCUGCCGGGAGAACGCCGAGGUGCACAAGGCCUUCUCGCGCAUCGCCAAGGUGGGCUACCUCUCCCGUGGCCGUGGCGUCCUCUUCUUGGGCUUCCCCAACGCUGGCUCGGCUGAGAACUUCCUCCAGUUCGGGCUGGAGAGCCUGCUGAUGUCCCCCACCUACCUGUCCUUGCGGGAACUGGAGAGCUACUCAGACAACCUGGGGGAGUACGCCCGGGAGCUGCGGGAGACAGGCAACCAGUACGACCCUGACGAAUGUUUCCUCCUGAAUGUAACCGUGGCCGUCACCCAAAAAGUGCCAGAGAGGCCAUCGCCAAAGACGCAGGUGCCAACAGUCAGGAAAUACGCCAAGGUGGCCUUAGCCUCCUCCAGCCCUGAGAAGAAGAUCUUGAAGAAGGAGCGGGACAUGGAGACGCUGAUCCUGACGCCUCCGCCUGGCACGGCGGACAUCGACAAGGAGGGGGAGGAGGGCCGCAAGGCACGGGAGGUCUGCUUCAUCAACAUCCAGCGGGAGCUGCGCAUCCGCGGCGUCUUCCUGCGGCACGAGUUCCCCGCCGUCUAUGAGCAGCUCUGCGACUUCGUGGAGAGCAACAAGCGAUUCACCCCCACCACCAUCUACCCCAUUGACAAGAGGACGGGCAAACAGUUCAUGUGCAUGAUCAUGGCAGCCUCCGAGCCUCGCACCCUCGACUGGGUGGCCAGCCCCAACCUCCUGGACGACAUCAUGUGAACACGGGGUGGGGACCCCCCGGCACCCCCGAGUCCCUCCCCUUUGUAGAUACAUGUUGCUCUGUCGGUGCGGUGGGAUGGGGACCAGGGGAGGGGGCUGUGAUGGGCUGUGGGCUGCUGGUGUUGGCGGGGGCAUGCAGCCACAGCAGCGGGGAGCCAGGCUGGGGGCGGCCAUGGGGUGACGGGAGCAUGGGCCAAGGUUUGCUGUGGGGUGCAGGUCCCAGCCAGUGUCCAGGCAAGACCCUGCAGAGCCCUCCUGGGGUGAGCAGCGCUUGGCGAGGGUGGGGGCACCCCAGGGACACCCCAGCCUCUGCCCACUGGACAGCCCAGUUGCCUGCACACCCCGUGGCCCCACACCUGCCCACGCACCCUGCCCGCACCCGGGGCCCUGCCCAGCCCCCCCCGGUCACGUCCCCAGCGCCCUGCGGAGCACCGCACGCUGCCGAGGCUGUACAAGUCCAUGGGCACUGGUGGCGGCCCUAUAGGCUCUGUGGCAGGGUCCCUGUACGGUUGGCAGGUGGGAGCUGGGAUGCACAAGGUCUGUGUUCCUAUAG